AUGUCGCCCAGCUGGAUUCUUGCCACCGCGGCUCUGCCGGCCAUUGUUCGUGCCGCCACUUUGGAUUCCAUUUGCAAUGUCGACUAUGCCGUCGCUUCGCUUCCCGAGGAUGACUUUUACCCUGGCAUCACCAUUGACAAGGCAUCAGUCAGCACUGCGGCAACCACUGGCUACACGGCUGAGAGCGAGUGGUUUCCCACGACGACUAUCGAUUACUGCAACGUCACCUUUGCCUACAGCCACGAUGACAUUCCAGGGGAUGUGGUUCACGUGAGUUACUGGCUUCCUGCGCCAGACAACUUCAAGAACCGUUACAUCUCGACCGGCGGCGGCGGUUUAGCCAUCAACUCGGGAACUUCAUACAUCCCCUCUGGUGUCAUUGUUGGUGGCGUCUCCGGCAUAACCGACGGCGGCUUUGGCUCCUUCAAUACUCAAUAUGACGCCGCAUUCUUCCUUGCCAAUGGCUCGGUCAAUUGGGAAGCGGUUGACAUGUUUGGUUUCAAGGCCCAUCACGAGCUCGCGACUCUCGGCAAGGAGUUUACCAAGAAUCUAUUCAACGUCACCUCUUGCACCAAGCUCUUCUCCUACUGGCAAGGCUGCUCCGAAGGCGGCCGCGAGGGAUGGAGCCAGGCUCAACGCUACCCCGAGCAGUUUGACGGCUAUGCCAUUGGCGCCCCGGCUUUCCGCUACGGCGAGCAGCAGGUCAACCACUUGACCAGCAACGUCAUUGAACAGACCAUGGACUACUACCCGCCCACCUGUGAGCUCGACAAGAUCACCAACCUGACUAUUGCCUUUUGCGACCCUCUCGACGGGCUGACCGAUGGCGUCGUUUCUCGAUCCGAUCUGUGCAAGCUCGCUUUCAACGUCAGCAGCACGAUUGGCGAGUCCUAUAGCUGCGAGGCAUCUGCCGGAACCCCAUACUCGGCUGCCACUCCUGCUCAAUCCGGAGUCGUCACUGCCGAGGGCGCUGCUGUUGCCCAGGCAAUUCUGGAUGGUCUCUACGACUCGGAUGGCAACUUUGUGUACUUUAGCUACCAGCCUGGUUCCACCUUUACUGAUGCUGCCACUGCGUACAACGAGACUACCGACUCCUGGGGUCUUUCCAUUAGCGGUCUCGGCGGUGAGUGGGUUGCAAGAUUCCUCGAGUUUGAGAACACCACCACGCUUGACUCGCUCGAUGGCUUCUCUUAUGAUACCCUCCGAGACUUGAUGAUUCAGGGUACCGAGCUUUACAACACGUCUCAGCAGACCACGUACCCCAACUUGACGAGCCUGAACACUGCCGGAGUCAAGAUUCUGCACAUUCACGGAGAGCAAGACUUUUCCAUUCCCACCGCCUCGUCGGUGCGCUACUAUGACUCUGUCCGCGAGUACAUUUACCCGCAGCUCGGCUACAACGAAAGUGUCGAGGCCCUCGACAACUUUUACCGCCUCUUCCUCGUCCCUGGCGGAUCCCACUGCACAUCCUUUUCGUACGAAGCCAACGGCGGAUGGCCUCAGACAACGCUGCAGACCGUCAUCAACUGGGUGGAGAAUGGCACGGCUCCGGGGACCUUGGACAAUGCUGGCGGGACUAUUGAUAGUAUUUGCAAGUGGCCACUCCGACCUCUGUGGGAUGCUGAUGGAACCAUGACUUGCGUCUACGAUCAAGCGUCCUUGGAUACCUGGACCUAUGAUAUCGACGCGUUUCCCUUUUAUCUCUACUAG